CAUUGCUCACUACAGUACCAAACAUUUUACAGCAGUACAGUAUUUUAGUGUUAUAGACCGGCUGUAAAUUCACAGCAGUGGUUUACAGUGUGGUCACCGGCAGUGAUGGCCAAAUGAAGCCUCAUGAAGCAUUUUCUUUAUUUUCUGAGCCCACUAGAUGGCGCUUGAAAGCACACUGAAUUGCCAUUCUUUGAGCCUCACUCUUUAAACCAUGAGCGCCAUCCGGUGGGCUUCAGAAAAUAAAGAAAAUGCUUCAUGAGGCUUCAUUUGGCCAUCACUAGUCAACUGGCAGCAUCAGAAUAUUCAGGCGAAGAUUAAAAACCUGUUAUUUCUGUGUGAAACCUAAAGACAGAAGCACUGACAGUCACUCUGACUGUUGGGGAAUUAACGUCAGCAUUAACUUAUAAAUGAGACCAGACAUGUACAUGUACGAAACAUGGAACAAGAACAGCUUUCAGUUUACUCUGGGUUUGACUUAGAUCAGUGCUCUAGGUGAAUUUUACAGGACUGGUGAGAUGUUUUAAAACAUGUAUGAAUUUAAACCAUAAAAGUUUCUUGUCUGCUUAACAAGAAAGUCACGUACAAAACAAAGAAAAUAAGAAUAGAAGCAGUUUGUUGGGUGUUAAAUACCCACUGUCCAUCCCUGUGAGUCUCUUUUAUUGCUCUAUUUAUUAGGUGCAAUGUGAGGGUGCAUCCAGAUGGUCAGUCUCUUGAGAGGAGCUAAUUAGACCUAUAUUGAUAUUCAGCAGCUCUUCAGCCUGUGGGGGAGGGCACAUGGUGGCUGCAGAGGAGAGAUGAUGCUCCUCCUCUGAGCUUCAUAAGCCGCUGCUCCAGUCUGUCUGUGUGACACUGCAGAGACGGAGAAAGCUCAAAGGGCCUCAGAGAUGACGACUGGCUGUGUGAGGUCGACCCUGGAGCCUGAACAUCGACUGAUGACACAGGAGAGCAAACACUACAAGGAAGCACUGGAGAGCCCGCUGGACAGGAAGUCAAAGAUGAAGGAUGAGGAGGAGGAGGAGGAGGAGGAGGAGCCUCUCUGCGUAGAGAAUCAGGAGGCAGACCAGGAGAAGAAACCUCGCAGAAAAGACACGCCUGUCCUCAACUCUCCUCCACAUAUACCAGGAGUGAGACUGCUGAAAGCAGAGAAGCAGAUGGUUCACUUAGAGGAUGAAGAGAGAGAUGUGAAGGACUGAAGCCUUUAACUUUUGUUGUCAAUGAAUGUUUUUAUUUUCACAGUCUCAUUAAAUGUUGCUUUGACCAAA